GAUUACAAAAAUAUUUCACUCUCUAUGACAGGAGAAAUAAGUUCAGGUUUCAUACAUAGAAACAAUUUAACGAAAAAGCAGACUACUGACGUCAUUUUUGUAGAAGAUACAGAAAACGUCGAUGAUGAAGAGUUUAUUUCAAAUAUGAAAACGAUCAUUGAUAAAAAUUAUAAAACGCAAGAUAAAGAAAAUUUUAGCAUAAAAGAUUUGCAAAGCAAAUCGUAUAUAUCAAGAAAAAAAAAGUGUGCAUUCAGCGACGAAGAUCAAAAUCUGAUGAAACGAUUUAAAAAAUCUGUCAACGAAAGGAAAGCUUGGUGUACAGAAGCUUCACAAAAGUUACAGCAGCCUAAGUACGCCGUUAUUUCUGUUAGCAAUCACAAUUGCUUAACAACUUAUACUACUCCACAAAUUAUCCCAUUUAUGAAAUAUAAUAACAGCGAUAUGAAUUCCAGCAACUCGAAUGAACUGAUUUUCAAUCUAGCUUCAAAAAUGCAAAAUAACGAUGGGUUGAGAGAAAUAUCAGGGAAUGCAAAAACUGUUACCGAAAUAGAAAUUGAGCGGCUAGUUUACAACGAAAUGCAGUACUUUACACCUCCCCAAAAAGACGACAUGUAA